AUGGCAUCAGUGAGCGCAGCGAAGAAACAGAAGGAGGAAGAGGAGACGAAGAAGGAGAGAGGAGAAAACUUGGAGGAAAAAGCUCCUCCUCCUGGAAGACCGGGGUUCUCAGCUGAUAUGUACAACUCAUAUUUACGUAUGUUUUACUGUGUUUUUCUUUCUUCUUUUGCUGCCAUUUCUUUUGAACAGUCUCAAGGUUGA